UUUCUGACCAAACUUUUAUACAUUAAAUACCACAAAACUUUGGUAACAAUAUACCAAAUCUCUUUUUUCAUAAUGUCCAAUUCAUACCCUUAUGUUGAGCUUCCUAUUGUAGACAUUUCUAAACCAUUACAACCAUCUUCUUUAACACCUCUCUCUAAAGCUUGCAAAGAUUGGGGAUUUUUCCACAUAAUUAAUCAUGAAAUUUCAAAAGAUCUUUGUAGCCAGCUUCAUUCAUUAUCUAAAUACAUAUUCAAUCUUCCUUCUGAUACUAAACUUAAACUUGGUCCUUUCUCUUCUUUAAAAUCUUACACACCUCAUUUCAUUGCUUCUCCUUUCUUUGAGAGCCUUAGGAUUGAUGGACCUAAUUUUUAUGUUUCUGCUAAGAGUUCUGAAGAUGUUCUGUUUGAAAAACAGAAUUCCAAAUUCAGUGAGACAUUGGAAGACUAUUGUAGCAAAAUGGCAGAUUUAUCUGAAAGAAUUUUGAAGCUUGUAUUGAUGAGCUUAGGAGAAGGCUUUGAAAACUUGUUCUACGAUUCUGAAUUCAAAAAGUGUCAAGGUUACUUAAGAAUAAACAACUAUUCAUCACCAAAUAUUUUUGAAGAAGAAGAAGUUGAAGGGCUAGGAAAACACACUGACAUGAGCUGCAUUACAAUCUUAUACCAAGAUGAAAUUGGAGGACUUCAAGUUAAAACAAAUGAAGGAAAAUGGAUUGAUAUAAGUCCUUCUGAAGGAACCUUAGUUGUUAACAUAGGUGACAUGAUGCAAGCUUGGAGCAAUGAUAAGUUAAGGUCUUCUGAACAUAGAGUUGUUUUGAAGCAGAAACAUGUGAAUAGAUUUUCUUUAGCUUUCUUUUGGUGUUUUGAGGAUGAGAAAGUUGUAUUGGCACCUGAUGAAGUUGUUGGUGAUGGAAAUGAGAGGGUUUAUGACCCUUUUGUUUGUGAAGAUUAUUUGAAGUUUAGAGAGAAUAAUCAAAGUGGGAGAUUUGAAAAGGUUGGUUAUACAGUUAGAGAUUUUGCUGGGAUUAAGUCUUAGCUGUAAAUUCAUCAUACUAAUUUAUGUUUUUUGUAAUUUAUAUUUAUACUCAUGUAAGUUGUGAAUUUGGUGGUAUAUAUAAAAUAAAUAUACAUAAAGACUUUGUUGUCUUUAAA